UUUUGAGUAAGUUCUUCGAUUCACAGUGUAACCCUAUUCUCCUGAAAAGCCAAAACAUUAAGAUGAAGAUUACGAUGGAAAGUUGCAGAACUGGAGAACAAUGCAGCUUCGUUGACUCUGUGAAGGAAGAGAAUGAAGACGAGCAGCAGCUGCUGGUGGUUAAAGAAGCGGUUCCUGAUCUCAGCAGUUCCAGUUUGGACCAGCAGAACUUCACAUGUUUCCAGGUGAAAAAGGAAGAGGAGGAACAGUGGAUCAGUCAGGAUGUAGGACAGCUUACUGUGAAGAAAGAAGAAGAGAAAGAAGAGAAACCUAAAUUGUCAGAGGCUCAUGACAUCAAAAGUGAAGACAGCAGAGAGACAGAAGCUCCAAACAGCAGCUCAGCUGAACAGAUAAAAACAGAACCUGAUAGGGAGAUCAGUGGAGGACCAGAACCCAACAGAGAGCUGGAUCCAAAUCAAAAUUUACAGCCAAAUAUUGAAGAAAGGCAUUCAUCCUCUUCUGAGACUGAAGWYAGUKAUGAGAGYGAAGAUGAUAAKCURUCASRUUSUGKAUCUGAAAAUGWAGACAGUGAUGAAGAUKGGAGGGARCMCAGAACACGUCAGUCUGGUGUAAACAGCAAAGUGGGACGUAGAGCUGCCAAGAAGGCCUUCAGCUGCCCUGACUGUGGUAAACAGUUUGUGAGGAAGCAGAUGUUCCAGAAACAUAUGGCAGGUCAUUCAGGAGAAAAGUCUUCCAGCUGUUCGGUUGACAAGAAUCACUCUAGAGGGAAGCAAAACGGUGAUGAACAGAUGGGAAGGAAAUCCUUUUCUUGUGACGAUUGUGGCAAAACUUUUCAGAAGCAAACUGCUCUUAAAUCUCAUAUUAAGAGAAUCCAUUCUGGUAAAAAAUUUGUUGUUUGUAAAGACUGUGGUAAAAGUUUUCGUUGUCAGGCUCAAUUAAAAAGUCACUGGACACUCCACACAGGAGAAAGACCUUUUGCCUGUGAUAAAUGUGGCAAAACAUUUAGACAGAAGUUUGGUCUUCAACGUCAUCUGGUCUGCCACAGUGAAGAAAAACCAUUUGCCUGUGAUCAGUGUGAUAAAAGGUUUAGCCGGAAGACAUCCCUUAAAAUGCACAUGACCAUCCAUAAGGGAGAAAAACCAUUUGCAUGCAGCGACUGUGGCAAAUGCUUUAGAAGUACAGGUGAACUAAAAAGCCACAUGAUAUCCCACUUAGAUCUAAAACCAUUCAUUUGUGGGUAUUGUGGUGGCAGAUUUACUCGCAAAGCAAGUCUGCACCUACAUGUUAGACUCCACACUGGGGAGAAUCUGCUGCCAUGUGAUAAAUGUGAUAAAAAGUUUACUCGGAAGGCUCACCUUCAGAAACACAUGCGAUUUCAUGCAAAACUAGAGAAUGCGUGGUCUGGAAAGGGUUGCUUUGCUUGUGAAAAAUGUGGAAGAAUGUUUGUGAAGAAAUGUCUUGUUGAAAGACAUAUGGUUAUUCACACAGGAAAGGAUCCAUUUAGACGCAAUAUUUGUUUGAAGAGGUUUACUAGAGCUGAGAAUCUGAAGAAUCACAAACGGCGAAUUCACAGUGAAUAGACAUUUCAGUUUAUUUGGAAAGAUUUUCUCCAAAAAUGCUACAGGAGCUUGCAUUCUGUUUCCCUUUAAUUAGGAUUAAUGCUAAUAUUUUGGUUUAGAUUUUCCCCUUCCUGAUUUCAUUUUUCGUCACACUUCAGUGUUUUCUAAUUCUAAAGCUAUGGGACUUGAUCAAACCACAGGGAGAGCCUUUAUCCACAAAUUGUGAAAGCAUGGGACAGUGGGGAACCUUCCCAGGACGACUGACCAAAAUUACCCUAAGAGUGCAAUAACAACUCAUCCAAGAGGUCCCAAAAGACCCCAUAGCGACAUGCAAAGAUCUGCAGGCUUCACUUGCCUCAGUUAAAGUAACAGGUCAUACCUCCAGCAUAAGAAAGAGACUAGCAUAAAUGACCAUGGAGUUCCAAAUUGAAAACCACCACUGAACUAAAAGAACAUUAAGACUUGUCUUAGCUUUUCCAGGGCACAUCAUAAUUAUCCUCCAGAAAACAAUAUGUGCAUGGCAUGCUGGUUACUAUUUGGUUAAAGAAGAAGUCCAACACAAUUCUCUGUAACCUUAUUUUGUGACUGUGCGAUAUAUUUCUAUU